UUGAGAUUAAUACGAAGGGUAGAAAACAUAGAGGUUAAAACAAUCUCCUCCGUAAUUUCGUAUUGAAGAACCCUAUAAUUGCUGACAGUCAAUAUGACAAGCAACCGUCGCCGGCGAGUAUCAUGGUCGGGAUUACCGCCGGAACUGUUAACAGCCGUCGCAGAUCGCCUAGAAACCCGAGCAGACAUCCUCCAUUUCCGGCGAGCUUGCAAGACAUGGCGAGCUUCAGCCCCCCUCUCUCUCCUCACCCCAAAAAACAUCUUAUCCCCUAUAUUCCCACACUCAAUCGAUAUUAAUCGUACCAAAUUUCUAGUCGCAAAUUCCGUAUUUCUUGUUCGAUCAGCCAUUAAUCCCAAGCUUCAACCUUGGCUAGUCUCCGUUGAGGAGUCAAACCCAGGUAUAUUAUCCGUUAGAUCACCCCUUUCUCGUCUCAUUGCUGAAAGAUUACCUGAAAAAUUUCCCCAAAACUUGGAUUUGUCUCAAUUUCAUGUUUCGGAAUUGGCUAGAUUUCAUACUUAUAAACUAGUUGAUAAGAAUUCCACUGAUAAUAAUAAUGAUGAAUCUGAUGAUGUUGUUAGGUAUUAUAAUCAUCCAACAAAUGAUUUCCCUUUAGAUAACAGGGUGGUUUUGUUUGUGAGCCCGGAUUGCACUAAAGAUGAUUACACUGUUGUUGAGUUGUCUGAUCUUAUACGUUUAAUUGUGAUAAGAUUCAAGAAUGGAGCAACUCGUCAUGUAAAUUCCUGGGGGCGGAAGCUCGAUGAUGUAAUUUGUUUCAAAGGGAAGAUAUACGGUGUCGAUCGAAAGGGUAGGGUGUGUUCGAUGGACUAUAAGUCGUUGAAGAUGUUGAAAAUUGUGGAGGAACCAUUGUGUGAGGGUUCAGGAAGUGACAACAAGAAACGUUUGGUUGUAUCUUGUGAUGAAUUGUAUCUAGUUUAUACUGUAUGGGGUUUUAAGAAUAUAUAUCCGACUACAUUUAAGGUUUUAAAGUUGAAUGAGGAGGAAAAGAAAUGGGAUAAGCUUGAUCAAGGUAUAGGUAAUGAUAGAAUAUUGUUUGUUACCUUUGAUGGUUGCUUCUUUGCCCUAGCCAAGGAUUUUCCGCAGUGGAAAGGCAAUUGUAUUGUAUCUCGGAAGGAAUGUUUUCCCCUGUAUUCUAACAGUCGGUUUUUCAAUAUUGCAAUGUUGAAGGGGGUAAUGGGUAUUGUUGUUUAUCACUUUGAGGGUGGUGAUUUUCGCUAUCUACUUGAGUAUCCGAGCUAUUCUGAGGUCUUAUGGCCACCCCCAUCAUGGCUUUGGACAGAUGCAAGUCUGCUCACAUGUGUAACCGAUUCUGGUUCCGAAGGAGGAGGAGAUGGAGCAGAAGAUGGAGUAAAGCUGCAAAGUGGUUCUUCUAUUAAAAUUACUCCAGAUCUCAUCCCUAAGGAGGAGAUAGAUGAGAUAUCCCCCAACUAUGUGCAGGUUGCUGAGCAUGUGCAACAUGUUCAGCAACAUGUAGCUCAUGAAGUUUCAGGUUUCAACAAUCAGAACAAUGUUGAUUCAGCUCCAGCUAUGCACUCUCCUCUUAAGAUAUUUGAAAAGGAUGUCUCACAAUCGAAAUUCUUAGGAGUUGAUGUGAGCUCUCAUUCGGUCCCAAUAUUAAAGAAGAUAUGGGCUAAGUAUGGAAAUAUAACAGAAGGGCAUGUAGUGACUAGUGAUUGCCUCCUUUCUUGGGCAUUAGAAUCCCUUGCAAAGAUAAUAAUUAUCCUUCCAAGCAGUUCAGGGAGUUCCUUAGAUGACUCUCAAGCUAAAUAUUUGGAGUCGACACUGCCUGACCUUCAAUUGAUGCAAUUUAAAUUGGAUUGGCUAGUUCCCUUGGUUAAAAAUGCUUUGUUUCUUCACAAAAACAAGGAUAUCAUGGAGCUUCAGAUGAAAAAAUCCAAGCUCCAAACAGAAUUGCGUGAGGUGGAAAAAAAAUUGGCUGAAAUGGGAAAGCUUGUUCCAGAGUGCCAAUUGGCCUCAGCUUCAUCAUAUUUGAAAGAUGUGCUUUGCUGAAGGACCACGUUCAAUCAGCUUCAUCUGCUUUUGAUUCUUAUAAAUGUUGGCAGAGGUUGUUCGAUAGAUUGGCUGCUUUUGCUUUUUUUGUUGGUGACUGUAUAUAUGGUAUGCACGGUGUAUCUAUUUGCUAUGCUCUUAUGCUUCAAAUGUAAUUUGGUUUAUCGAAAGCAGUAGCUGUCAAAAAUCUGGAUUUUCAAGCUGAUAUCGGUUAUGCUCUUGGAGACAUGUUCACCAAAUCAUCAGGUUUUACUUAUGGAUGAAAAAGUUUUAGUUUAAGUAUACCCCCCUACAUUAGUGGUCGCAAACCAUGUACAUAUAGGUGUUUAGGAUGAAAGUUUUUUUUGACCAUCUACUUGCAGGGAAAAAAAAGUUGUUUAAUAUAAAUCCUGCUUGUCUUGUAAUCAUCCUUAUGUAACCAUGAGUUUGUAAUGCAUAUAUAAGCAUAUUUAUUACGUAUCCUAGUGUUUGAUAUCGAAGCUUAAAUUUUUGCUCUAUGCCAGG